AUGUCAACUAGGAAUCGAACAGGAAGUGGAACUGGACAACUGCUUGGACAAAUUGAUGACAAUAUAGUUGAUAUGAUAUGUAUUAGCUCAUACAACAUCGACUCCGCCAAUUUCGAGGAGGACUCGAAGUUCAUCAGAGACAAGAGCGCCUCUUGCAACGUUGGCCUCGAUCUGAGCCCGAGGCCCACCACCGUCAUCGGUCUGUCUCAUUCCAGCAGCACGCACAGGAAGAACUCGAAAAAGGAGUCUGUCAAGAAGAGGGUCAUCUUCCAAGAGGAGUGCGACUCGUUGCGCAGAGACAGAGAGACGAAUCUCAGCGAGGAGAAGAGUGUAAGCGUUACCAGCUUGGCGAGCUUGAAUAACGAGAACAUAACCUAUAUAGAUGAGGGACGCGAGCUCACAGAUCGCACCAGCAUGGCGUUGGGCUGGAAGAAGGAGAUAGUGGAGGAAAUAAUUGAUACGAUCAAGAUGAAAGCUGUUGUAGAGGAAAAGACUGAAAUGGGUGUCCCAGAGCUGGGAAGGAGUGAUAAGAAAACCGAACCUCUGGCGAAACCUCGCGUGCUGCCGAGGGCUCAAUUCAAAAAACCACCGGAAAUACCGCAGAAGCCCGAGGGGGGGAAAAUCAGGCCGGCCGUGCCGCCUCGCAGCGCUACCACGAAGUUGCGGGGGCGGCUCGACAAGAGCCACAGCACGCCCGCCUACGAUCUGAGUGAAGAUGGGAGUGAUGCAAUCGAAACGCCGCCGACGACACCUGCGGCGGACAGUCCGAAGGGGGUCGGGAGAGGAGCAGAGAUCGAACCAGAACCUCCUGCAACCGGACCCGCGAACGCUCCUCUAGCUCGCAAAGAAGAAGACCACAUGGACGCCCCACCGGGGGAGCCUCGGAAAUUGGACGUGCCCCCCAAACCGCCGCCGAGGAAUGUGGCAGACCUUGCCCCCAAACCCGCCUACCCCAUAGACUCGCCCAAACCCUCCAAAGAGGCGCCGCACGUCAAGCCGGCAUUUCUUUUUCCCGACGUCGUUAAAACAGAAGAAGAAAACGGAGAUACUGAAGGCGAGGAACUUUCGAGGGCGUUCGAGCCGAAGUUGGCCUCCACGCCGGUGACGAAGGGCAGGACGGACUUCGAGGGCGAAGCGGUGUUGCCAAAGUCUGUGCCUAGCUACGAGAUCCAGCGGGGCGGCAGCGAAUCCAAAGUGUCGCCAACGAACUCCAUCAGUGCUAUAGAAUGUAAAGGGGCAUGUAACAAAUGGUAUCAUCUGAAGUGUAGUCGUUUAGAAACGAAGGACUUCGACGAAUUUUCAAAAGAACUGAAAAAACCAAAUGGGCGAAGAUGGAAAUGCCAUGAAUGUUGUGAACCAGUUCAAAAUUCUAAAAAUGAUAAUUCAGGCAAAAAUUUGGAAUAUUUAACAGGGAUUGUGUUGGAAUUGCAACGGACCAUUGAAUUCAUGGCAGCAAACUAUGAUGAUGUGAAAAAAGAAAAUAAAGAAAUAAUUACACUUUUGAAAGAAAUUAAAAAAGAGAGAAAUUUGUUAGCAGAAGAGAAUAAAAUACUGAAGAAGGAAAUCACUGAUAUAAAACAUGAAAUUUCAUCAUUGAAACAAAAGAUUGACAUAAAAGAACAAAUUGAACUUAAGAAUAACAUCGAAAUCAAAGGUAUACCAGAACAACAAGAUAUUGAUGACGAAGAAAUUAUACAGAAAGUAUUUUUCAAAAUUGGCAUCCAGAAAGAAUCCAAAGAAGUCGUGUACCACACCGGCACCGUCUUCUACUUCUCCGCCGACGAUGCGGACGCUCUGCAAUCGUGGAUCGACCUCAUCAGAUCGGCGACGUUGCUCAACGAACCGUCGAAGACCGGCGAUGCGCGGCUCUACUCCGAAACGGACGACUCCGACGACGAAGACGACGAUAAUAAAAAGGAGGAGAAUUGA